ACCAGUACUUCCUGUUAUUAAACGCUCUCUGCGUAGGGAGAAGAAGAUAAACUGUGUGCGACAUCUUUUAAAUCUCCCCUUAGAUACUGAUUACUUAGAUACUAAUUACUUAAUUAAUUACUUUUUACCCCGUCCUGUAGUGAGUCUCUCACGGUCAGAGGGCAUGCCUCUGUCGGAUCGAUCGAGCUCUGACGGCGGUGGGGAGCCACGCAGUCCUCGGGCCCGUAGACCUCGGACCCGCUCCCGCAGUCGCCAUCGCAGCGGCAGUCGCCAUCGCAGCGACAGCCGCGACCGGAGCUUGUCUCCGGACAGCUUCGGACCCAAACUCCCUAAGCCACGCAACCGUGAGAGGGAGCGAGAGGAACGGGAGCGUCGAUUCAAAGAGGCCAGAAACAUUAAACGGAUCCGCAUAGGAAGUCCUCGUCGUAGCCGCUCCAGGUCCAGAUCCAGAUCAAGGUCCCGAUCCAGAGAGCGCCAUAACAACAACAACAACAGCAGCCACAACCACAGCAACCACUGGUCCGAGCCUCUGGGAAAACACGGCGGCCUCAAAGAUGAUUAUUACUACGAGCAGCAGAGGGACGACGCUCAGCGGCAGAGACAAGAGGCUUUUAUCGCCAGGCGUCUGCAGGAGAGGGAGAGGAUCGGCGAGCUGGGUUGUCCUGAAGUUUGGGGAUAUUCACCCAGAGUGAAAGAGCCAGAGAGUGAGGAACAUACUGCUAAUUUUGUUUUCGGUCACGCCCUGUUGCCAGGUGAAGGUGCUGCCAUGGCAGAGUACGUGAAAGCUGGCAAACGUAUCCCAAGAAGAGGAGAGAUCGGUCUCACCAGCGAUGAGAUCGCAAACUUCGAGAAGUCUGGUUACGUCAUGAGUGGCAGCAGACAUCGUCGUAUGGAGGCUGUGCGUCUGAGAAAGGAAAACCAGAUCUACAGCGCAGACGAAAAGAGAGCCCUGGCAUCGUUCAACCAGGAGGAGAGGAGAAAGAGAGAGAGCAAGAUCCUGUCGAGCUUCAGGGAGAUGGUGUACAGGAAAACCAAAGGCAAGGAGGAGAAGUGAACGACCAGUUUGUCUCCUGGAACCUUUACUCUUUGUUUGGUGACAUGAGGUGUAAAGCUUUUUUUUCCUCUCAGUUUGAACUGAGUGUACAGUGCAGAAGUGUUUUAACUGUAAAAAAUCUGUCUGAGAAGUUUUCAGUUGUAUUCUCCUUCCCUUUUCUAUCCAUCUCUUGUAAAUGUUUUCAAAUGCUCCCAACCAGAAUGUUAAAUAAAUUUUCACUAUCAUA